AUGUCACAAUUAGUUUGUGUCUAAGAAGAAUAGAUAAGUCCGAGAAGCAGUUAAAAUCAUUCGCUCGUCAAUUAUUAAAAUUAACAUUAAACACAUUAAAAUUAAUCAAGCAAUGUUAAAUACCUCACUCCAGAGCGAGCUUAUUCUUAAUAAAAAUAAGGAAUUCAGAAAUUUUAAAUCAAUACAAUACCUAGAUCAAUAUCCAGAAAGAGAAUUUAAACAGAUAGCUCAGAAGAUUUUCAAUAAAAUGGCAAUUAAUUAGCUAAUUAAUCUGUAAAUUAUGCUAACAAAAAUAACUCUUUCUCUAAUAAUGAUUACAGCUCAGACUAAAAAAAGUAUGAAGUAUUAAGAAACACAAAAAAAUAAAAUUUAACUCUUAAAGGAAGUGAUAUACAAUAAUACAUAAAUACUUAAAUUUAAAAGAAACUCUCAUACUGCAUUAGUGGUAGCAACUCCAAAGAAAUUUAUCCAUCAAGAAUUGUUGCAGCUUUGAAAGAUAAAUAAAAUGAUUAAUAGCUUUUGAAUGGGUUCAAAUAGAACCCUUAAACAUAUUUUGCUUAAUAAGGAAGUGAAUAGUAAUAAAAGAUUAAUUUUGAAAAUCGUAAUCACCUAAGUAGCGUCAAUCGAAUGCCAAACAGCAAUAAAAAAGAUAUUAAUUAUUCUAAUAAAUUAGUUGAUUAAAGCUACUCUUCUGCUUUUGAUAACAGCUAGUAAUAUGACUCAUAAUUUAACUCAAAUAAAAUAGAAAGAGCAGCUCCAAAACAAAGUUUGUUUUAGAAAAUAAGUCAAUCAGUAGAACGAUAAAAGUUAAGAGAAAUAUGUAACAAAAAUGGAAAUCAGAUAAACAAUUUUAAUCUUAAAGACACAAGCUAAAAUGUUUUAAAAACUGAUUAGAAUAAAAAUGAUGAUCAAAACAAAUAUAUUUAUCGCUGUUAAAGCGAAAAAAGAAUGAACACAGAUCAAUCGAUUAACUCAAAUUAUUCUGCAUAAACAUGCCCAUAAAAUAGAGCCAAGUCCCCUCAAUCAAUGAUUUCGAUGAUAUCAAAUAAAAGCAAUAAGUAAAGACCUUUUUCAAAGAAAAUAAUUGAAAAGAUAAAACUAAAUCGUAAUUUAAAAUAUUAAAACGGGAGUUAUAAUGAUACAAGCAGUACAUACUUCACAGACCUUAGUGGAUCAUAAUAAAACCAAGGUUAAUAUGUUAGUUUUAACUUUUUAGUAGUUUAACAAGCUCAAAGGAUCAAUAAAUAUGCAGAAUAUAUAAAGCAAGAUACCUAUAAAAUGAAUUAAGAACUAAGACCAAAUAAAGAUAAAGUAAGAGAACUUGUCAAUUCUAUUUUAUAAAUGUAUUAAUUUUUAUUUACUCUUUCAUCAGAUUAGUAAAGGAUAGCUAAAAUUAUGAUAGAUUGUGGUGCAGCUAAAGGAAAAUUAUUGGAAAUUUUCUUUUAGAACUAAAUGUAAAAUAACUCACCUCAAAAAGACGAUUAAUAUUAUAAUCGAUACAUCGAUACUGUUGAAAGAACAAUCCAUUCAUAAAGUAAUUAACAAGAAGUUAACUAAUUCGUUAAUGAUAAACAAAUUAAUGAUCAUUCUUUGCUCACAGAUUAGUCGCCAUAAAAUAAUAAUUUAAACGAUUUGAAGCUUAAGGAUUCUCUGGACCCAAAACACUUUUUUGAAAAAACUUACUUCAAAAUUCUACAAAAAGACUCAAACGGAAUCGCUUAGGUACAAGAGUAUGUAGAUCUUUAAGUGAUAGAAGAUUUGGAUAAUUUAAAAACAACUCUUUAAGUUUGCCUAAAAUUUACAGAAAGCAAUUCUUCACCUUAAAAAAAAGAUAAAUCAAGAUCUCCUUAAGUUAAACCUACUCCUCCAAAAUAGUAAUAUAAAGACAUAAAAAAUUCUGAAUUCGAUGUAAAAAUAAAUAAAUACGAACUAUCAAAACAAAGAUUCCCUAUUAAACAUUAAAUUCAAACCUAGUCUGAAUCUUUAGAAGAAAGAUCUAAAAAAGAAUAUAACUCUGAUAUCAAUAAAAAUGAUGAAAUAAUAAUAUAAGAAAACACUAAUUCAGAUGACAUUUUAUAAUAUUUAGAUUUACUUAAAGAUUAAAGAACAGAAAGGAAAGGCCUAAUUUCUGAAAUGAAUGAAUACACUUCAAUUAAUUAAGGUGAACGAUUUCCAACAUAUGUAAAUGACCCAUAUGAUUUUAUAGAUUAUUCAAAUUAAAUUGAUUUACUUGGCUUAGCUAAAUAUUAUUGA